AGCAAUCCUAGGUUUGCACUGCAUGUGUUGUGUGUGAUGGAGACGGAGCGGGAGCUGAUUCAGUUAUUCGAAGCCGUGAAAAGAGCUGCCGAUGAUGCGGUGGCCGACAAGGAUCUCGAGUUUUCGCCUGCAGAAAAACGAUGCCUUGAUGGAUUAAAACAGCUUCAGAAAUUCCCUGUCAAUUAUCAUCUCCUUGUUUCCACUCAGGUUGGGAAACGUCUUAGACAUCUGACGAAGCAUCCCAGGAAGAAGAUCCGGGAGCUGGCUUCCAUGUUGAUUGGAUUAUGGAAGGACAUCAUAGUUGAGGAAGCAGCUAGUGAUAAGAAAAAUGGGAGCUCGGAUAAAAAAGACUCUGAAAAAAGUGUAGAGACUUCUGAGUCAGUUAAGGUUCAGAAAGGAAAUUCUGUGAAGGUUGAGGAGACUUGCAAAGGUGGGACUGUUAAGCUUGAGAGGAAUAAUUCUAGCACAACCCGAAAGUUGGAGAAAGUUGUUGAUUCUGAAACUUCGUCAUCUGCAAAAAGAACCAAAGGUGCUGAUGGUGUCAAGAUGAAGAACAAUUCUGUUGUCGAAUCUAUAAGAGUUGAAGAGAAAGUAAAUAAAGAAGUGAGUGGUACCGGUGAUUUGGGAAAAGCUGCAUCUAAUGGGGUUUCUCCCCCCAAGAUGUCUUCUGUCCUUCUCUGUAAGGAUCCCUUGCGUGACAAAAUUCGGGAACUUUUAUCAGAAGCUUUAUUGAAAGUCUCUGGUGAAAUUAGUGAAGAUCAGAGGGAAGCAGCAGAUGCUGUAGACCCUUACAGACUUGCUGUUUCAUUAGAGUCUGUAUUGCAUGAGAAUUGGGGCAAAUCUAAUGGCCGGCAAAAGAUCAAGUACAGAUCAGUUGUAUUUAAUUUAAAGGAUCAGCAUAAUCCUGAUUUCAGGAGAAAAGUUUUUCUUGGACAUAUCAAGCCAGAGCAAGUUGUUGACAUGACUCCUGAAGAAAUGGCAAGCGACGACAGGCAACGCCAGAACCAAGAAAUCAAAGAAAAAGCCUUGUUUGAUUGUGAGCGUGGAGCAAAGCGACAGGCCAGUACUAACCAAUUCAGGUGCAGUCGGUGUGGGAAAAAUGAGUGCACUUAUUACCAGAUGCAGACUCGGAGCGCUGACGAACCUAUGACUACCUAUGUAACAUGUGUCAACUGUGAUAAACACUGGAAGUUCUGUUAAGAUCUUCCAGGAGCUCACAGUGAUCAAUAAACUACUGCCAUGAAAUCUGUAGGUGUCUGCUGGCGACGCGAAGUAAGUCUAAUUUUAGUUCUGAUUAGGAGAAAAUAGAGCAGUUUAAUUUAGGCUUAUGCUGACAGUGCUAAUUUGUUGUCCAGAGGAUGUUGAUUAUUUCAUUCUUUUCAGACACAUUUUCUGGUACGGUCUCCUAAUAAUAAUAAUAGAAUGUAUUGCUCCA